GCCGCGAUCGAUACGCCAUUGCGUCGCGACGUGCCGACGGGUAAAUUACUCGUUUGACGACGGUAGUCGUGCUGGUGGUCGCGCUCCAAUGAUGCGAUAAUAUUCGCUGAACAUCGGAUGUAUCAUCGUCGACAUCCUCGUUGUUAUUGGCGCGCGGAGUGGUGUUAUUUGCGGCGGCGCAGCGUCCCGAUAGCGAUCGUCGGCAACGACGACGACGAUGUUUCGGUGGUGACGCGACGGCGGGGACGUCGUCAACGGGACAAUGAUAAGAUGUACCGUUCGCGACGACGAUGCGCUGCAAUGCAGUGACGGAAAAAGCGAUGUGAUAGAUAAAUAGAAAAUGUACACGCGUGUGCAAUUAAGUGCGAAAAAUAAAUAGAUUUACAUAUGUAAGGACAUGUGUUAUUUCGUUGGCCGUGAAUUGCGUUCAAUAAGACUAUAAGAGUCUCGGCCCAUCAUGAAUCGUCGGUCCGCCGUGACUGUGCGACUCGAAUCCCUGCCAUCGUCGUGCUUCGAAUUCGCGGCUACAAGAACAUCGUGUUGAAAACCGCUGUCGCUGCCAUAGAAGGUGGAGGAAGAAGAGGAGAAGGAGGAAGAGAAAGAGAAAAAGGUUGAGAAGGGGCGGAGAGGAGGAAGAGGUGGAGGACGAGAAGGAGAGGAGGAGGGCAGUAGCAAGGAACAAGGAGGGAACUUGCGACGGAAUUGAAGGGAACUCGCGAUCGCGAGGAGACUCCACAGAGGAGACGCACGCUGCGUGUGCGAUAUUCGCGUACUCGCGCGCGCACGAAAGAGAGAGAGAGAGAGAGAGAGGGAGAAAGAGAGCGCAAUAUCAUAAACAAAGGGAAAGAAAGAAAUGGAUAACGAGUGACUUUACGAUGUACGUGGAAGUGGUGAUGGUGUCGCGGGAUCGCAGCGGUAGCCGCAUCGUUGUCUUCAUCAGCGACGCAAUGCAACAACGAAGGGGGCGAACGUAGGGAGGAAGAAAGGAAGAAGGCGCGAACGGGUUAUACGCGUGUAACUCUGUCUCGCGUGAGACGAGCGAGCGAGCGAGUGAGUGAGCGAGUGAGCGAGUGAGUGAGUGAGUGAGUGAGUGUGUGUGUGAGAGAGAGAGAGAGAGAGAGGAGAAUCUCGUAAUGCGCGCGGGUUAAAAACCUCAUUCGGAGAUGGACCCGGUCUUGUCUCGCGACUCGGCACUCGACACGGAGUCGAUUCGCGAACGAGCGCGAAAAAUGCGAAGAGUACGUGCCACGACGACGAACAUCAUCGCGACGAUUGUAACGCGCUACUAGGCCCGAGUGACAUGGAAGUGAAAUUGCGAAGAAGGCGAGUCAUGCCGAUUGUUCCAAUGUACGGUUCAACCGUACUUUUGAUGUCUGUGACAUAAGUUUACUGUGGAAUAGUUUUGAAGCGUAUAAUAUAAAAUCUAAUGUGUGUUUAUAUAUAUAUAAUCGAGAUAGAGGGAGACGAAUGUGAAGAAAUUCGCCGAACGCCAAACGGCGAGAGCGUACGUUAGAGAGCGGCGGGCGAUACGUUCUUCGGUCGUCACCCUCUUCCCCGAAGGCGGGGCGGAGGGGCGGGAAGGGGAGGGGGAUAUAUUUCCCGGGAUACCGACGACGACACGCGCGCAGUAAUAAUGGAGACAUUACUGCCCGGUAACACUGGUCAAUCGUACAGUCCACAGUUGAAGACCGUUCUGAAGACCUAUCAGCUGUCAGCUGUGAAGAGCCUGCAGGGUCCAAGCUCGGCCCUGCUGGGCAUGGACUGUAAGGUCUUGUUACAUGAGCAACAAUCGGCAACCUCGUGCUUCUCACCACCCGCUAGUCGUCCGGCGACCAAUUGCGCCUUGGAAUCGCCCGGGGAAUCGCAGGUGCCCGAGAAAGAUGUCGUCGAGAAGGAGGUACAGCGCACAGCGACACCCGUUCCACCCUCCGGUAACAAGAUCUCCCGGUCGUUGGAAGAUUCGGACGAGGAUCGUCCCGUGGCGGCGGAGCGUCUCAAGGGCGAGAAGCGCGAGCUCGAGUUCCAAAUACCGAUAUUAACGGCGCCUGAUCAGAGCUGCUCCGAGAGAUGCGAGACGAUCCUCGAAGGCGAGAGGAUAUCGUGCUUCGUGGUAGGCGGCGAGAGGAGGUUAUGUUUACCUCAGAUACUGAACACGGUGCUGCAAGACUUCUCGCUGCCACAGAUCAAUCAGGUGUGCGACGAGCUGCAGAUCUAUUGUUCGCGCUGCACCCGAGAUCAGCUCGAGGAGCUCAAGCAUUCUGCCAUUUUGCCGCAUAAUGCUCCGUCUUGCGGUCUCAUUACUCAGACCGACGCCGAGAGGCUUGUUAGUGCUUUGCUGUUACGAACAGAAUCCUGCGACCCUGCUCAAAUCGGCCAGACACAGGACUGUUUCGAUAAGAAAGCGUGCGGUAAAAACGAGGAUGAGGAGACGAUUGUCAAGUUCAAGGUGUAUCAUGAAUGUUUUGGUAAGUGUAAGGGUAUCUUUGAUGCCGAACUCUUCGAAACGGAUGAUUCUGUGUGCAUCGAGUGUCUCGAGUGUGGCUACCAGUUCUCUCCGCAACGCUUUGUGAGACAUGCUCACAGAUCUUUGGAGAACCGUACCUGCCACUGGGGUUUUGAUUCAGCAAAUUGGCGGUCGUACUUGUUGCUCUCUCGUGAUCAACAACAUUACAACAAAUCGCUUAUUCUUUUUCGUGAACUGAAGGAGAGGCAUCUUGUGUUAAACUCCAAGCGAAAACUAGAGUUGCGACACGAACAUGAGAGAUUAGCCAAACGCACAAAAAAAGACAUAGGGAAGGAUGACUGUCCUGGAAUUUAUAACGGCAAUGGACUAGGGAUAUACCAUCCUAUAUCUCAAAUAGCUACUGCAGCUGACCCAUAUUUGCAAAUGCAAUGGGCAGUUUUUGAACUCGCUGCUAGGGGCGCGUCCGCUUUUCGACCUUGGAAUGCUGCAGGCAAUUGCAAACAUAGAGACAAUUCAUCGUUGCUGCCUGCGUAUCUUAGUCGAGGUCCACCUGUACUGCAGCAUCCUGAACGAGUCAUCCCACUUUCGGAAUGCGAGCGCUUUGAACCGCACUUUCAGCCUAACGUGGCGCUAGCGCCUAUAUCAACGCCCACUCAGAUGGGUCAGAUACCGCCUCUUUCUUCCGUUCAUCAACAACGACGGCAUCAUCACGAACAUCGCCGUCACAGUCAUCGUUCGACGAGUCCCACGAGCGAGAAGCAGGAACUGCUGUCUGCCGAUGUCAAGUUGGAGAAAACAUCGCCGAAUCAAGCUGUGGCUGUCGAUUCUUAUCCCAUAUAUUAUAUGUCCGAUGCAAGUCAAAAAGAAACUGUACUGCCGGGGAAGGAGAAAAAGGAAAAAGAGGGCGAGGAAGAGGAGAGUAGUGCAGCAGUGACAUCGUCUACGGUGACCGUAGAGCCUCUUCCACUGGCGGCCUCUUCAGAGGUCGGCACUUCCUCACCGUCUGAAAGCGAUUCCGAUUCAGACGGUACUGCGGCGGCCGAUCUUGAGGAACGAUUGAGAGUGCUGAACGUACCACAGGAUAUAAUAGAGCUAGCGCGUCGCGUGGCGUCGGAGAACGCGCAGCUGCGACGUCAUCGGCAGUCGGACGCGCAUGAGAUCUCGAAGCUGCGUAGUCAAUUGCACAUGCACAAGUUACAGCAACAGCAAUCCACGAUCGUCGUGGAAAUUAGUGAGAAUCGAGACAAGAAGGAAGACGCUUCGGCAAUGGUGCCACGUGCCAGCGCGGCUGACAGCACUGAGAGCUGCAAUGAAGAGACCGACGCUACGGAUUUACCACCGAAUAAUAAAGAGUCUGAGCCUGCCAAUGUGUUAGUGACUAAUAACGAGUCGGAUCAGUGAUUAGGAUAACAUAUGCGAAAAUUAUUUAAUACAUACAACUGCUCAGCGAUUACCGCGAUUACGACGCUUAUCCGAAUAAGCAUGUACUGAAUUUAGAGUACGUUAGGUGUGUGUAUGUUGUGUAGUAUAGAGUCUUUUGUUAUUUUUGUUUAUCAAUAGCAUUAUUUUUUGAGGAAAAAUGAAUUGAAAAGUCCUUAACCAUUUUUUUUCUACGAUGUUUAACAAAAAAGGAAUUAUUAAAUAAGGCAAGCUCAAUCAUGUAUGUAGUCAUCACGCACACUAUCAAGCGCGCGGCUCGCGGACAUACAUCCGUCUAACAAAUGGCGCUGAUUAAGUUAAUUUUAUUUGAUAAUUUCUCUUUCAUUAAGUAUCGCAAGAAAAAAUGAUUCAGGACUUUUUGAUUCAUUUUUCAUCAAGAAAUGACACUAUAUAAUUGAUGGGCACGAAUUACGAAAAACUCUGUAUAUAAAUAUGAUGAUUCUAAACGAAACGAAAAAUUAUCUAGAUUUAUGUGAUAUGCGACGAGCCUUUAAACGUUAUCGCAAUUAUUUCGAACUUUUUAUUAGGUAAGUAAACCACACGUGCUAUCCAACUUAAAACAUCGGGUUAAUAGAGUCCUUGCUCUUACUUAGCGAAAUUUAAACCGACCGACCACUAUCGGCAAAGAUAGCUUCAUGUUUCAUUAUUAUGCGUGAUAGGUUCACUUCCUGUUUUCAUUUUAGCAUUUCGCAAAGAACGAAAAAAAAUACUUUUCGAGUAAAUUUCAGUUUGUUAAAUCUAUAGUCGUAAUGACAAACAUGUUACUCCGUUGACAUCUUUUAUUUUUCAGUCAUAAGUUAGCGGAUUAGAAAGAGUGAUACUCCCGGUGAGAGAUGUGGGAAACCGAUGCCACGAAUUGGAUAGCCAUGUUAAAUAUACUUCUAUUGAUCGAUUUUUUUUAUUGAAGUCGAAUGUAAAUAUUGUAUUAUAACGAAACAGAGAAGAGAUUACAUUUAAGGAAUUAUACCGCGC